UUAACCCGUACGAUCCUCUCUCUUUCCCCCCUUGCCCUCUUCUACCCCUUUUGGCAUUUUCUCUCUCUAACCUUCCUCAACUUCGAUCACUCCACGAUCCGCCCUCGUCCUCGGCCCAUCCCACCCGUCGAAUCUCUCGGAGGAGGAAAAUCAACUGGGCAGAGGACAGCGAGUUCUUGGUCGGAGCCAUGUCGUACUCCGAUUCCGACACCUCGUCAUCUCAAGGCGGCGACUACAAGAACUUCAGGCAAAUCACCCGUGAUCGACUGUUGUAUGAAAUGCUUAGGUCUGCUAAAACAGGGGACUCAAAAUCGACAUGGAAGGUGCUCAUCAUGGACAAAGUUACAGUCAAGAUAAUGUCUUACUCAUGCAAGAUGCCUGAUAUAACAGAUGAAGGGGUAUCAUUGGUUGAAGAUAUCUACAGGCGAAGACAGCCAUUACCUUCUAUGGAUGCUAUAUAUUUCAUCCAGCCAUCAAAAGAAAAUGUUAUAAUGUUCCUGUCAGACAUGUCUGGAAGAUCCCCCCUGUAUAAGAAGGCAUAUGUUUUCUUUAGUUCUCCCAUAUCAAAAGAACUGGUAGCUCACAUCAAGAGGGAUGGAACUGUCUUACCGCGGAUAGGUGCAUUGAGAGAGAUGAACUUGGAGUACUUUGCAAUUGACAGCCAGGGAUUUAUCACUGACAACGAGCGGGCUCUAGAAGACAUUUUCGGGGAUGAUGAAAAUACUCGCAAAGGUGAUGCGUGCUUGAAUGUGAUGGCUGCCCGCAUUGCUACAGUUUUCGCUUCACUAAGGGAAUUUCCUUUUGUGCGGUAUCGAGCUGCAAAGUCUCUUGAUGCAACCACAAUGACAACAUUUCGUGAUCUGGUUCCAACGAAGCUGGCUGCUGGAGUCUGGAAUUGUCUUAUGAAAUACAAACAAAGCGUUCCUAAUUUUCCUCAGUCAGAAACGUGCGAACUGCUUAUUCUUGACAGAUCUGUAGAUCAGAUUGCUCCUAUCAUCCAUGAAUGGACGUAUGAUGCUAUGUGCCAUGAUUUGUUAAGCAUGGAGGGAAAUAAAUACGUGCAUGAGGUACCAAGCAAAGCAGGUGGCCGACCUGAGAAAAAGGAAGUUCUUCUGGAGGACCAUGAUCCUGUCUGGCUUGAGCUUCGUCAUGCACAUAUAGCAGAUGCCAGUGAACGAUUGCAUGAGAAGAUGACUAACUUUGUAUCAAAGAACAAAGCUGCACAAAUACAACAUGGUUCAAGAGAUGGGGGUGAGUUGUCUACGAGGGACUUGCAGAAGAUGGUCCAAGCACUUCCCCAGUACAGUGAACAAAUUGACAAACUCUCUCUCCAUGUCGAGAUUGCUGGGAAAAUCAACAGAAUAAUCAGAGAGACAGGCCUACGUGAACUUGGGCAGCUGGAGCAGGACCUUGUCUUUGGAGAUGCUGGAAUGAAAGAGGUGAUCAAGUACUUGACUACAAACGAGGAUGCAACUCGUGAAAAUAAGUUGCGCUUGUUAAUGAUUCUUGCAGCCUUAUAUCCCGAGAAAUUCGAGGGUGAGAAGGGCUUAAAUUUGAUGAAGCUGGCGAAACUACCAGCAGAUGAUAUGAAUGCUGUGAAUAAUAUGAAAUUACUUGCUGGAGCAGCAGAAACCAAAAAAAGCUCGACUGGAGCUUUCUCUCUCAAAUUUGAUAUUCACAAAAGGAAGCGUGCUGCAAGAAAAGAACGUACUGGUGAAGAAGAAACAACAUGGCAAUUGUCUAGGUUCUACCCUAUGAUAGAGGAAUUAAUUGAAAAGCUUUGCAAGGGAGAGCUACCUAAAAAUGAUUUUUCGUGUAUGAAUGAUCCUAGUGCCACGUUUCACGGUUCACCUCAAGUUACGUCAAACACGCCAGCUGCUGUUGCUCACUCUAUGAGACAGAGACGGACACCAACCUGGGCUCGCCCUCGUAACUCUGAUGAUGGUUAUUCGAGCGAUUCAGUGUUGAGACACACGUCUAGUGAUUUUAAGAAGAUGGGUCGGCGUGUUUUUGUGUUCAUCGUUGGUGGAGCUACUCGGUCUGAGCUUAGGGCCUGUCAUAAGCUUACAGCGAAGCUGAACAGGGAAAUUGUGCUCGGAUCCUCAAGUCUCGACGAUCCUCCGCAAUUUAUCACGAAGCUGAAGCUGCUUGCGGCAAAUGAACUCUCACUGGAUGAUCUCCAGAUAUAACAUCCACCGAUCAGGAGAGGGGGCAGUCUUUUAAAUCAGUUUCUUUUGACAUUGUGGCGUAAUUUCCUUCAUCUCGAUUCGUGUUGGCUCGUAUAUAGGGUUCUGGCACCAGCUUGUGGAGGGAGCUGACCAGCAGAUUAAGAUUGAUGGAUGAUUUGUAUGUAUAAUACGAACAAUUGACUGGGAAGGAAAUUCCCAAGAAGGAAAAGGAUUCUCUGUAUUUAGCACUUCUUGUGUAACUUUAUUAUUUCGGUUCUCUCUCUCUCUCUCUCUCUCUCUCUAAUCGGAUUUACUGCGAUCGCAUUGUCCUCAACUUCCUGUCUGAUUUUCUGGAUUGAUGGAUAGUGAUCAUAGUAAAUGUCAGAUCUUUACCUCAAA